ACUAUCAAGAAGCCUUCAAUUUCCAUUGGUCCUCCUCUCUCCUUCUAUAAUCCCAAAAACCAUCUCACAAACUCCUCAAAUCUCUCUCUCAUCUCAUCUUCAAGCCAUCUCCGAUCAUCAGGCAAUGGCAGCAACUAUGGCAACAGCAACCAAGUGCAUGUCCCUAAACCCAUCUCCUCCUAAACUCCAAAACCAAACCAAACCCAAACCAUUCAUCUCCCUACCAACCCCACCAAAACCUAACGUCUCUCUCGCCGUCACAAGCACCGCUCUAGCCGGAGCCGUCUUCUCUUCCCUUAGCUACUCUGAGCCAGCCUUAGCCAUCCAACAGAUCGCCCAGCUCGCCGCAGCAGACGCCGGUAGCGACAACCGUGGCUUGGCUCUUCUCCUUCCCAUCAUCCCAGCCAUUGCAUGGGUCCUAUACAACAUCCUCCAGCCAGCUAUUAACCAGGUCAACAAGAUGCGUGAGAGUAAAGGUAUCGUUGUUGGUCUAGGUAUUGGUGGUGGUCUUGCAGCGUCAGGGCUUUUGACUCCACCACCAGAGGCUUACGCGGCGGCAGAAGCGGCAGCAGCUGGUUCAGACAGCAGAGGACAGUUGUUGUUGAUUGUUGUGACACCUGCACUACUUUGGGUUCUGUACAAUAUAUUGCAGCCAGCUUUGAACCAACUCAACAAGAUGAGGUCUGGGGACUAAAAUCUUAUAUAUAUAAUUAUAUUAUUAUUAAUCAUCUUUGGGAUUCAAAUGUAAAAUUAAUCCUUUGUUUUAUG